ACUGACAUUUCACAAUUGACAGAACUCGGAUUCUGCGCGAAACUCGCAAAGUUAUUUUUCAAACAUAUUUAUAAAUUCUAUAUGAAAAACUACAAUGCAGGUAAAAUGCCGCAUUGCGAUGCACGCUACAACAAACACGCGUUAUUUCUAAUACAAAAACAACGCUUAACUAAUUAAAUUAAGCACAUGAUAGUUUACUAAACUAUUGCCUUAUUAUUUUAUUUUGAUACCUAUAAUUAGCGUUGUAAAUAGGUCGCAAGUGAGAACCGGAAAUAGUGUGUGUACUUAUAUAGGUGUAAAUUAAAGUUAUGGCGGUUCAAAAUAAAGUUUUGUAUGCGUUUCGUGGGUGGAUCGCGUUUGUUGCGUUCAUGGAUUUGGGCACCGCUGGCCGGUCUUACAUAGAAAGAAGGUCGUUUCUUAGCAACGCUGGGGAUGAACACUUAGAUGGAGACUUCACGAUAUCCCGUAUGCUUGGAAUGUACUCGUUUCUCAAAGCCCUCGCACUUAUACAUUGUACGCUCUACAUACAUUAUAGACCGGUGGUGUCAAUGGGCUACUGGUCUCUGUCGCUAACAAUUAUCCUGUAUUUCACUGAAGCUUUCUACUUUCACUCUACAGACCUCAACUUCUAUGUUGUGUUUCCAUGCGUUUUGAACAUACUAACACUCCUAGGCUUAAUAUACCUACCUACAAAACUAAAACUCUUUGGACAAAUACCAGGCACUUCAGGCAUGGAUCGUGAGGUGGAUGACGAAAACACACAGAUAUUACGCUCUAUGGGUAACUUUAGGAGAAGAAAACCUGGAAACUCUGCUAAGAAUAAACAUGUUUGAUAGUGUUGCUAUGUGGAAAAAUUUGGUAGGUUUGACAAGUGUGUUUAAAAAAAGGUUUUUGUUAAGUAUUCGUUGAAAAUUGGAUUGGAUGAGACAUAAAGCAUUUAAAUUUGGAGUGAGGUAGUUUUUAGUGAUAAGAAAAGUCCUCAAAAUGCCUGGUUAAAAAAUCUCAAUUAACUCAUUGUAGAGAUUUCCAAUUCCUAAUUAUUGGCGUUUCUUGGGGAAGCGGAGUUAAGCAGUGGAUGACAAUUGUCUGAUCUGAUGAGGUUCCUAAUGGUCAAUAUCCAAUGGCGAAUGCCUUUAAAAUGUUCUAUAUGUUUGUCUCCAGUAUCAACUUAAAGGCUUCUUGAUCUAAUAUCUCCUAUCCUUGAGCUCUCUAAAGGGCCCAGACUCCACCAAAGUGGAGCGGACCGAAAAAGAUUUUGAACAACAAAUCGAAUUUUUCCGCUCAGUGAAAUUACAAAGUGGGCGAGAUUAGACGUUUAAAUAACGAAAUUCUAUUGAUUUUCAAUUUAAAUUCACUUUUCUCUGAAAACUUUUUAGUAACAAAAAUAUUUCGACAAACAUUUCUAUCUAAAAAAAAUCUUUCUAAAUUAAGACAUCAAAAAUUCACAUAAUAUUGUCACGAAUGAGAAUAUCUCGUCUCACAUCUUAUGUUAACUUAUGUAAAAUCUCAAAAAAAGGUUUUGUAUUUUAAUUCCCCACACGGUAUCUUUACCUUUAGUAAAAUUGUUCACUGAUUGUGGGUAGUUUUACACGCUUGGUUUGAUAUCUUCGUCUGCACAUAGUUGGCAAAACAAUAUGGCUUCCAAUUUUGUAAAAUAACUCGCUUAAUUGAAUAUGUUGAGACCACUAAACAAAUAAAAUAAAAACUUUAAAAAAUAUACUAAAAUAAAAAAAAUAUUUUAUAUGGCAACACUGAAUUGUGACAUCACUUUUCAUCACAAAAAAUAAACAUCAUCUGCAUAGCAUUUUCCCAAUUAUGUUGUCGUUACGGGUAGUCAGAAGCCAGUAGUUCUGACAACCAGUCUUACCAAGGGGUAUCGAGUUGCCCAGGUAACUGGGCUGAGGAGGUCAGAUAGGCAGUAGCUCCUUGUGGCACACUGGUACUCAGCUGCAUCCGGUUAGACUGCAAGCCGACUGCAACAUAGUUGAGAAAAGGCUCGGGAGAUGAUGAUCUAGAGCAGUGGUUCUUAACCGGUGGUCCGCGGACCACUGGUGGUCCCUGGAGGCAUUCCAAGUGGUCCGCGAAGCUUUGUCCAUCCAUCUUACUUGACCAACAGAAAAAAUAAAGGUUUGAAAUGUAGCCGUUUUAGGUCAUUUUGGUUCUGAGUCUUAAAAAAUAAUCAAAAUUUCCCGCUCGCUUCGCUCGCAUAUUCAGAAACUGUAUGAACUCGUUUUUACAUUUUUUAACAAACAAGAAGUUAAGUACGUUUGGGAUACAUUUUACGUCCGUACGAGUCCGAAAAAAAUUUCGCGCUCGCUUCGCUCGCGUAUUUGUAACUACAUGGGCAUGGGUACGUCUUUCUUUAUAUUUACUUACCUAUAAAAGAAUACAGUAUCUACUUCCGUUUUGUAAACGCUGAACAUUGCGUUUGUCAAAGCUAUAAAUUCGUCCAUGGGUUUUCAACCCUUCUGAUUGUUAAAAACAAGCAUAGAAAUCUGUUGCAUGAGCAUGCCACUGUCGACAUGCCUUUAGCUUUGAGUAGUACUGAACCAAAAUUCAGAAGUUACUAAAGAGAAUGCAGUCACAAAAAUCUUAUUAAAUUAAAAUCUGUAGCUUUUAGUUUUUUGCUAAUUAAUAAAGAAAUGAGUGCUAAUUAUAAAGUGUGCUUGUGUUCUUUAUCAAAGAACUAUCAAUUUAGGCAAACCAAUGAGGUGGUCCCCGGCAAGACAAACUUUGGUAAAGUGGUCCCUCAUGACAAAAAGGUUAAGAACCACUGAUCUAGAGUAAUAGGUUUGUGGUGUCCACUAUUGAAUUAUGCAGAUCACUAACGGCUGUUUCCAAUAUCGAAUACGUGGGUUGAUUAGCUAUCUACAGAUAGAAUAUCAAAUUCCUAUCUUUAGUAAGCAAAAAAGCAUGUAUGUAUGGGAUAUUAGGAAUGGCCGUUAAAAUCCUUGAGUUGAAUCCAAAUCGAUUAAAAAAACUACUAUUUAGUAGAAAUCCUAGUAUUUUCCUACCACGGCCUUAUUCUUGCACUGAUAGCUUCCAAUAUUGUAAAGUGCUGGUAAGAUUAAAAUUAAUUCUAAUAGGAUUACACAUGGGUGCAAAAUUUUUGGGUAACCUUUUUUUAAAAUGACAUGUAUUUUUAAAAUUAUUUAUUUCAGAAUAAACGCUGAAUUCAUUGAAUACUAAAAAAAACAUAAAUGGAAACAGAAAAACAAAACAGCAUGAUUUAAAAUGUAUUAUCUUGGAUUUUGUCAUUUAUAAUUCUCAAAAUGCGUUUAUUUGAAUAUGCUCAAUUUUAUUGCAUCCAAGUGUAUUGUAAAAUGUUGAUAUUUCAUAUUUUUAAUAACGAUCAAAUUCAUAUAUUUUGCAUACUGCAUAUGUCGGGUAUGGUUACCCAGCAAUUUAUUGACCGCAGCAAGCAUUGUCUAUUAAAAAUUUGAUGGUAUAUAAAAAUAUGAAAUAUCAAGAUGAUCUUACUUAAAAUACUACUGCAGAUACAUAGAAAAUAUAUACCUAUAUUGUAAUAGUGCCAAUAAUAUGAUAUAGCCAUUGAUUCGCUGACCAAUGAACGUAGGAUUAGAAUAUUUAAAAAUUUUAAGUAAUUAAAUAAAAAAGAAUUUAAAAAUUGAUUGGAAGACAUCAAAUGACGUCUCCCGCUGUGUGUGCAGCGCUCGGGAGUGUCAGACUCUCACUGACUAAAACCCACCAUGUUCCUUCUUAAGCCCUUUAUGUACCAGCGCCGCGGUAAUGAGCGCGAACAAUCCCGCAGCCCCGGCAGGCUUUGGCCCUGGUGGGGUUUGCUGAAUCUCCUUCGAGGAGCGCGUGGAACAACGCGCAUCGCCGACACGGGUCUGUUGGCUCCUUUUUUGUCGCUGGGUAAUAAGUGCUAUUACGCAUUCCCUUCCCGUCGGGUUACGGGAGAAGGAUAUCUGGGGCUCCCUGGUACAAACGUUCCCGGUAUACCCACUAAAAAGGCCCAGCGGCACUCCGACCUUGCCUGAGUGGGGGGGUCUGGGAAUCUAUGGCGUCCAGUCCCCCACCGGCGAUUGCCCGCCUCGCGGCAGGCCCCUCAUGCCUCCCCCCAGUGGGGAGGGCCUGUUAUCUCCUAGGAGACGGAAGGACGAUGAGCCUCAAGCAUGAUACCUCUUACGUUCAUUGGUUAGAAAAUCGCAACAUAAUAUAAUACAAAACAUAUAGCAAUAUAUAAUUUUAUACCUAACACGUUUUAUAUACACUGACUAUAGCUAGUUAAUUAGCCUGUUAUAUUAGAAGUUUAGCGCGAUUUUAUUCGUUUACUAGCUUCUGCCAGUGGUUUCACCUGCGUCCCGUGGGAACUACUGUCCGUACCGGGAUAAAAUAUAGCCUAUGUUACUCGGGAAGAGUGUAGCGCCCCAACUGUGAAAGAAUUUUUCAAAUCGGUUCAGUAGUUUUUGUGCCUAUUACAAACUAAAAUCCAUUUUUUUACUAUUUAAAAUUUUAGGCCCGGUUUCAUUGGCUAUCGAAAAGUGUGAGUUAGUUAUCUGAUAGUCAUUGCUAUCUGCCAGAUAAAGGCUUCUUAUAAUUUCUGCCAGAUAUUUAUAUCCGACUAGCAAACGCAGCGUUGGACGUCCACCUACAAGGUGGACAGACGACCUUACAAAGGCCGCCGUCGACGCUGGAUGCAGGUCGCCUCCAACAGGUAUCUGUGGAGAUCUGAGGGGGAGGCCUAUGUUCAGCAGUGGACGUCCGCCGGCUGAGAUGAUGAUGAUGAUUAUUAUUUCUAUUCGAGAGCUGUGAAACCUAAAGUUAUAUCGGGUGUGUCGUUCAUAAUCACAUUAAAUGAAAUGCGUUAAUAUAUGUCGAUUAACACAAAGAUAAAAGAAAAAUACGUAAAAAUAAUUAAAAAAAAAAUUUCAAACUAAGUAAAUGGAAUAAAAAUGUGCAAAAAUUGGAACACCAUAUAAAAGUCAGUCAUUACAAACAACUGAAAUUCUCCCUUGAAAACUGACAGCUGUCAACUGAUCAAAACAUACGAUACUCCUAAGUUUAUCUCUGCUUUACACAUGAUGUUGUAAAUUAUAAAAACGAAAAAUGACUCCUGUGGUUAAACCACUGAAUGGAUUAGGUUAUUUUUUUUACGAUUCGCCAUAGAAUAUCAUAAAGUAUAUGCGAUAUGAUUUAAUGUGAUUGUGAACGACACACCCGAUAUUAUGCACCUCGCUAGAUUGUCGAGUAAAAUCGUGCGGAACUAUCUAAAAACACAAUAGUUAUAAAUAUUUUAGUUACACGCGUUUGCAAUAAGAGUGUUUUUAGAUUAUUUCUAGUCUUUUAUCUAUUUAAUUAAGUAUUAUUAAUAAUUAUUUUAUUGUGAUUGAAGUCAAGGUACAUUAUCUGCAUUUAUAGUUCUCACCAAAUAACUUUGCGUCUCUGAAGUUAGCCAUUUGCGUACCUAUUUGUUCCUACAGACAUUGUCGAGAAGCUUUGCUUGUCCGAAGAUGGCUACUAUUAAAGUUACAUUAAAAAAUAUUUGCUCGUCAAAAAGAAUUGCAGUAGUUACCUACAGUAAUGGCAGAAACUCUCAAAGUAGGCUAUACACUGUAUCUUGAGGAUCUUUUUUUUUUAACGACGUCAAAAAUCAUUAAAUGACCCCCGCUGUGGGUUAGCAGCGGUGAGGGAGUGUCAGACUCUUACUGACUAAAAACCGUCGUGUUACGUUGUAGGCCUUAUAUGUACCAGGGCCGCGGUAACUUGCGCGAACAACCCACAGGCAUCUUGAAGAUCUGAGAUUGAUAAAAAAAAAUUGGUUGAGAAAAUGUGCAUGUACAUUUACACACACACAAGUAUGAUCCACCUGCUUUCGUGAGAUAAUAAUGGCGUCCAAGGUCGAUUGCAGCCACGGCGGCUGUUCUCAUGUAAGGAGAUCAGCCAGCUGCGCAGGACAUAUUAUAGUUUGGGCACAUUUGAUUGGACACAGGUGCACUAACUAUUCCUUCACUCUCAUACAUAACCAGAUGGGACGACAAUCCGACAACACCGGAGAGAGAUCACAAGCAGGACCAGCGAUGGGACUUAAGAAUAAGUGCAGAUAAUUUAACUUGUCUUCAAAAAAUUUUACGCAAUAAGCUCAAUGCCCAUGUGCUUUUUAGACAAUAGAUUUUAAUUAUUUAAGCAUUUCAUUGUAUUUGGGAAAUAUACACUAAAAGUAAGAAGCAGAAUUCUAAAAACAGUACAAUAAUCGAGUAGUACCUACAUGUUUGGUUACUGACGGUAUUCGGAUAGCGUGAAUCAAACUUAUAGACGGCUCGAAACUAACUUACGAACAUAUGUAGGUACCUUAUUUAAAAAUGACAUCUUCCAUAGUCUGUUACCGUCAGUUGCACAAAGCUCCAUUAAAGUUAAAGCUUCUUUAAAUCUUUUGCUGAUUUUUUCUUUGUCGACAAGAUUAAAAGUGACAGCAAUAGAUUAAAUGAAGCUUUAAUUUUAAUAGAGCUUUGUGCAACUGGCGGUUAGUCUGAUUUAGGCUGCCUGUCCACCGGAGCGGAGCUAGGCUGCGGAGUGGAGAAACUGAGAAAUAUUAACCAAUGGGAUUGCACAAAAUCUCCGCUCCUCAAUCCUAUUGGUUAAUAUUUCUCAGUUUCUCCACUCCGCAGCCUAGCUCCGCUCCGUUGGACAGGCAGCCUAAACGUUGUUGUCGGGCAGUGCAGGCCAAUAAAACCGAGUUAGAUAUUUUGAAGCAACACCAAAUUAGGAUUUUCAUACAUUAAAUUCAGAAUUAGGUACAUUUUGUAACUAACCCGGUUUUCAUGGCCGCCAGUGUAAGCGUAUAUUUCCGAAAUAUAAUAAACUUAGAAGGACCACAGAUACCAGUGCCAUAUCAAUAUAGAAGUUGUUACAUUUUGACAAAAUAAUACACGGUUUAAAAAAUA